AUGGAUCCCGACGCCAGCACUUCUCACUCCAAGGACCAUUGCGAAGUCGUCGUCAAAAUCGACGGCGAAGAUAGGGAUGGUGAAGGAACGACGGGAAGCAGAUAUCGACGGAGCUCGAGCCAGCAAAGCGGCGGUGGCAUGGAGGAUCCACCGUCAAGGCUGAUAGGCGAGUUUUUAAACAAGCAGAAGGAUUCAGGAGGUGAAAUGACGUUAGAUAUGGAUUUGGAGAUGGACGAGCUUCGUCAUGGAAGCCAUUCUGGCAAUGUUGUAGAUAGGAAUCCAGAGAGUCCGAACGAAAGCGUCAAUCUAAAUACUAGGGUUACGAAUUCGAGAGAAUUGAAAGUUUCGUUUCAACCUCCUUCUAAUUUAUCGUCUAAAGUGGUAGAUAUUGAGCCUGAUAAUGAACGAGCUAAUCAAUAUAGCGAAUCAUCAGACGAGGAUGAAUUAGACGAUAUCCGAUUACAAGAACAACAAAACCCUCAGAGACGAAAAUCGAACAAUCUGAGUAAUUCAGGACGCGGAUUGGACGAUAGAGGAGGAGCAGAGGUUUUGAAAUGCACCUCGUUUCAAAGAAGAGCCCCAAUCAUUCGAACAAAAACACUACAGUCCAGAUUGAUCGAUCCACCAGAGGUUGAAGUUGAGGUCUCGUUAUCAGGACGACUGGGCAGAUCAGGGCAUAGAUCAGGUGUAUUACCUCGCCCCUCAGGGAUACUAGCAAGAGGUGAAAACGAAGAGGAGGAUGAAACCUUCAUCGAGGAAGAUAAUCCAGAUGAAUUCAAAAGUGCAAAACUCGACGCAAUCACACUCAUCCAAUGGAUUAGCCUUAUUUUGAUCCUAACAUCAUUGAUUUGCACUCUUACUAUCAAAAAUUGGAAGCAGUUGGUAUUACGAGGGCUUCACAUUUGGGAAUGGGAGGUUUUGGUUCUUGUUUUGAUAUGUGGCAGGUUAGUUUCCGGUUGGGGUAUACGAUUCAUUGUCUACCUUAUCGAGAGAAAUUUCCUUUUACGCAAAAGAGUUCUAUACUUCGUGUAUGGAAUCAGAAAACCAGUUCAGAAUUGCAUCUGGUUAGGUUUAGUCCUAAUUGCUUGGCAUUACAUGUUUGAUGAAAGAGUUGAAGGCCACAACAAAUUCCUCAUAGUCAUGAACAAGUUAAUGGUAUGUAUGCUUGUAGCUACUUCACUAUGGCUUGUGAAGACCCUCAUGGUUAAAGUCCUGGCAUCUUCAUUUCAUGUCAAAAAGUUCUUUGAUCGGAUUCAAGAAGCUCUGUUCAACCAAUAUGUAAUCGAAACCCUCUCAGGCCCACCAUUGGUUGAAAUCCAAAACAACAAGAUAGAAGAAGAAAAGACAUUAGCAGAACUCCAUAGGCUUCAAAACGCAGGUGCUAACUUACCUCCAGAUCUUGGGGAAACUGUCUUUCCAUCAAAAUCCGGUAGGAUGAUAGGGAGUGGAAGAUUACAACCCCAGCCAGUUGGCAUCAAGAACGAUGAAAAAGAACAGGGGAUAACAAUUGAUCACCUCCAUAGACUAAAUCCCAAGAACGUAUCAGCCUGGAACAUGAAGAGGUUAAUGAGAAUCGUCAGGCUUGGGACAUUAAGCACAUUGGAUGAACAAUUACAUGACAUGAAUGAACAAGAUGAUGAAUCAAUGACACAAAUCAGAAGUGAAAUCGAAGCCAAACGUGCAGCUCGCAAGAUUUUCAUGAAUGUUGCUAGAGCUGGGUCAAAGUUCAUCUAUCUUAACGAUUUGACGCGUUUCUUGAGAGAUGAUCAAGCUGUGAAAACCAUGUCUCUUUUAGUAGGAACACCUGGGGAUGAAAAAGUCAGCAAAGGAGCUUUAAAGACUUGGGUGGUGAAUGCAUUCAGAGAACGAAAAGCACUUGCAUUGACACUAAACGAUACAAAAACAGCAGUCAACAAAUUACACCAAAUGGUCAACUUCUUAGUUGGAAUCAUCAUUGUCGUUAUUUGCCUUCUGAUUCUGAACAUCGCAACAAGCAAGUUUUUAGUUUUUAUAAGCUCCCAGAUUGUGGUUGUGGCGUUUAUAUUCGGGAACACCUGCAAGACUAUAUUCGAAGCCAUAAUCUUCUUGUUUGUGAUGCAUCCUUUUGAUGUUGGUGAUCGAUGUGAGAUUGAUGGAGUUCAGAUGAUCGUAGAAGAGAUGAAUAUCUUGACAACUGUUUUCUUGAAAUGGGACAACGAGAAGGUUUAUUUUCCAAAUAGUAUUCUUUCGACAAGAGCAAUUAGCAAUCAUUUUCGAAGUCCUGAUAUGUGGGAUUCCAUCGAUUUCUUCAUCCAUAUCGCAACUCCUGCUGACAAGUUGGUUGUCAUGAAACAAAGAAUAAUCAACUUUAUCGAGAGUAAAAAGGAUCAUUAUUACCCGAAUGAUAUAACAGUUGUGUCAUUGAACGUUGAGGAAUUAAACAAGAUAAAGCUGCAAAUAUGGUGGAGACACAAAAUAAAUUUUCAAGACAUGAGUGAGAGAUACGUGAGGAAAGGUGCAGUGAUUGAUGAAAUGGUUCGAAUCUUUAAAGAAAACGAUGUGGAAUACCGAUGUCUGGAUAUCAAUAUCAGAAGCAUGCCGCCACCUGUUACUCCUACUCGGAAUCCUCCCGCAUGGGGACCUCCUCCUCAGGAGUAA